CCUCCAUGAAAAACCGUCACCAUUCCAUCUCACCCAUGAGCCUGGACGGAUGUGAAAGAAUCAUCCUGGACGGCUAUGAAGAAGUUCAUCAUCCAUGGGAACUGAAGCUUCCAAGAAGCAUAUGAAGAAGUUCCAGGAACUCUAAGUUCCAUGAACCUGUGGCGGAAGCAUCUUGAUGGAAGCAUGCAUAUUUCGUCAAAGCAUCGCCCCUUUGGACCCGGACCCGUCUGACCCUACUUCUGUGGUCCUGCUGUUUUUGGGGCCCAAGACAUUCAGUUGGUCCUCGCUUUUUCGCGUCGCGUCGGUGAAAAAACGCCUGAUCGGGACACCGCGCUUCACCUCAUGCUGCGGGCCAUGCGCUUCACCGCGGACAUUUUGGUCUUCUUCAUGGGCGAGGAGCUGGAGUUGCUCACCAUCACCCGAAAGAACCCGCCCUUCCGCGGCUCUCUGGCUCUCCCCGGCGGCUUCGUGGAGCGGGGCGAAGUGGCCAUCGAUGCUGCGAGGCGAGAGCUGGAAGAGGAAACCGGCGUCACCGACCUGAACUUGGUCUCGCUGGGCGUUUGGGACGCCGCCGGCCGCGACCCGCGCGGCCCCGUGAGCACCACGGCCUUCCUGGCCAUGGCCGAGCACCGCAACUGCGAGGCAGGCGAUGAUGCGCAGACCGCCCACUUUGAGCCUCUGAGCAAAUUGGCCGAGGCUUCCUGGAGCUUCGAUCAUAAGGACAUCGUCACUGCUGCCUUGCGCCGCUGUGCCGGAGCGCCCCAGGAGAUCCUGCCGACGGCGACCGCGACGAAGACCACCGAGCUGCUGCAGCGCUGGGCGCUGCGGGCGCUGGAGCAGUUCACGGCAGCGACGCCGGCUGCGGAGCAGCGCGAAGGCAGAGACUCAUGACUUGACCACAUAGGGCAAAAGCUGUGGCAAGCCUGGGGCCUGGUGUUUGGCAAGUUGACGCAGGAGACGCACACAGACCGGUCGAGGCCGAGAACUUCAGACACCCCGGAAGGGCCUCCCCUCGCAGCUGCGCCGAAGUUCGUGCAGAAAAGAGACGAUGUCGAUGCAGUGUCAUUCGCGUCUUCGUACCCCGACGCUCG